ACGCCUAUAGUUCUUUGGUUCUAGCGCGGUUGGUAGUCUAAUUUGACGUCUUUUUGUGAGGUUAUAAAGCGUGUUUAAAUUCUUGUCGCGUUAUUUUUGCGUUAAAAUGGCUUUACGUGUGCAAUUCGAAAAUAACAACGAAAUAGGAGUGUUCUCCAAAUUGACCAAUGCCUACUGCCUCGUUGGUAUCGGUGGAUCAGAGAAUUUUUACAGUGCAUUUGAGGGCGAAUUGGCAGAGAAUAUACCUGUUGUACAUGCCUCUUUAGCUGGUUGCCGAAUUAUAGGACGCAUGUGUGUGGGAAAUAAAAAUGGAUUACUAGUUCCAAGCUCCACAUUUGAUACUGAGUUGCAGCAUAUAAGAAACGCGUUGCCAGAUUCAGUUAAAGUGCAAAGAGUCGAAGAAAGAUUAUCGGCGUUGGGAAAUGUUAUAGCCUGCAAUGACUAUGUAGCUCUAGUACACCCAGAUUUAGACAGAGAAACGGAAGAAAUAAUCGCUGACACCUUAAAGGUCGAAGUGUUCAGGCAAACCAUCGCCAGCAAUGUUUUAGUGGGCUCCUACUGCGUUUUGAGUAAUCAGGGAGGCUUAGUGCACCCCAACACAAGUAUAGUUGAUCAGGAGGAGUUGUCAUCGUUACUUCAAGUUCCGUUAGUGGCUGGUACUAUUAACAGGGGUAGCGAAGUGGUUGCGGCAGGUUUGGUGGUGAACGAUUGGUGUGCGUUUGCUGGUAUGGACACCACAUCUACCGAAUUGACAGUUGUUGAGUCUGUGUUCAGGUUGAACGAGGCUGUACCAUCGAAUAUAACAUCGGCUAUGAGAGCCAGUUUAAUUGAGAGCAUGUCCUAAAUUUUAAUUACAUAAAGAAAUACAUUUGUUUAAGGAAGGAGUUUUUCAUAAAAAUUAAUUUUUAUGUAACCAUUAACCAAAAUACUUUAUUAUAUUUUAGUAUUAAACUGUUUUAUUUAGAAUUUUUUUUAUUUUAAACCUUAGUUUUAGUAAGAAAAGUAUGA